AUGGCAAUUCCGUCCGCAUCUUCGUCCCCGCGACUUUUGAGCAGAGACGCCAGUCGUGUUUUGCGCUGGGUCCAUGAGAGAGACAUGCAUUACUGUGCGCAACCAGAUGUUCACAGGGUGUCACGAGAACUCUUCCUGUAUAUAUACCACCAAUAUACCACCUUCAAAUUCACUGUAACCUCCAUUGUACCUCAGCGAAGAAAACAAAAUCUACGUAUACUGUUCCGAGUCCGCGGUUACGAGGACUCGAGAAGGCAAAAUUUGGGCAAAAUGUUUUGGACUUUCAAGUGGCACUUUCAAGACCGUUUCGACUCAAGGAGAAAGCACAAAAUCCCUUCUCUAUUCAACAACCCUAAGCAAAUUCAAUGCUGCAGAAUCGCUCUUCUAAAGUUUGCUUGGCAAGCAAGAAGGUUGGUUGCUGGAAGACCUCUUGCCAUUGACCGUGAUUAUAGAAGACCAACUGCGCCAACUUGGGAAGACGAUGUGGGACCUUUGAAAAGUCAAACACUUGUUCAGAAAGCCACGUGGGUGACUGACCACCAAGGUAAAGUCUGA